UCUAUUUACUCAACAGUUCUAUGCAUAAUCAAGCUAAAUGUUAUCAUUAAGCAACUUAAGACUGAUUGCUCCUCUGCUGAAUAUUUUUUAUCUGAAAUAACUUGAAGUUAAUCCUUCUUUAAAAGUUGGCAAUAGUCCAAAUAAAAUUCAAUUAUAUCCUGUCUUUCUGCAAGAUACACUCUAAAGCAUCUACUGGCUUCUUCAUCAUUCUUCAGAUCUGACUGAUCUACUUAUAUUUAUCUUGACUGCCUGGCAAUCAUCCACGAGUUUGAACAAAGAUUCUGGAGUUUCUUUUGAUUUGAAUGGAGGUAAUUUUUUAUGCCAAGUGUUCGUAAAAUCUCAUCUCUCUGACUUUUUUGAGGAAUAUUAAGAGUGGAAGCUAUGAAACAGAUUAGUUCAAUUCAAAUAGACUUAAUGCCUUUGGACACUUGCAUUGCGUCAAGAGCUUUCAACUCUGACUUCUUUCUAGAUGAACAUAGACCUGAAAUUGGUAAACUUAAUGCCACUAAAAAUGUAAAACAUCAUCUCAAUGUGAUUCGUAUCACAGCCAUCAGUCUUUGGUUGUUUAGCAAACUAAGUUACAAAGAGAAUAAUUCAAUUUGUUGGCCAUGGCUCCGUUAGGGUUCAGGAAGUAAAUGAGAGUCAAAUGCUUCGCUGCUUCAAACUCAGUGGCGAAGUUCCGAAUUUAGAAGAAUCUUGCAAGUCUAAUGUCUUAGAAUUUAAAAUACUUUUACUGAAUACGGAAAGCAACCAAGGUGAAGAGUUAGAAUCUGAGAUUUUAAAAGCACAGAGGAAUCAUCUAAACUCCAUAGCCAAGAUUCUGGAGUUUAUGAACAUUCAGAAUUAUUGGAAAAUAACUAAAUUGAGGCAUCUAUCUUUUUUUCUAGAGCAGAUUACAGAGACAAAUCAGAGUUUAAACCUCUGAAAUUAAGCUCUAGUUAUGCAGAUAUAUUUCUUAAAGAUAAUAUUUUGCUUAGUAAGUCACAUCUUGCUUUAUUCAUGCAGGUCUAGACUUGGCUGGGGUUAUCCUAAGAGAACCCAUGCAUGAAAUUAUGCAAUGGUUAUAAGAAGUUAUAAACUUUACGAAUGGAAUAUUUUUAUUAACUAACCACAACGAUUGCAAUGCAAAAUAAGUUCCUACAUAUUUCCAACAAAAUAACUCGACUAAAGAUGAUUCCAAAUGAAUGAAAUGCCGAGAAAUAAAAUUUGGAAGUCUGAGCAAAGCAUUAGCAAUGGUACUUUUUUUUGAGUAAAAAUUUAGUA